UGGGAGCUGGAUAUCUCACGUAGGAAAACCCAACCAAGCAAAUGCCAGACAGUGAAACUGAGCAGGGGGGACUUUGAUGCUGUUCAGCAUUGGCUGCAGCAGCAAGGAGACUCCAAUCCCAUCCAAUUGUGCUUUGAUCCUGUUUUCUCUGAGGGAAUCACAGCUUUGCUUUUGCUAAAGACAGGAAACACAACAGUUGGCACUGGAGGAGGGACUGGAGCUCUCUGUAAAGAUUCCACCUCCAGAGUGAUGAAGAAAAUUCAAGUUCAGGGUGCUGUAACUUCCCUGACAUGUAGAGGUUGGGGUGACCAGUUCUUUGUAGGGAAAAAUGAGUGGCAGAUUUGUUGAAUGAACUACUCUGAGUUUCAAGAGGAGCUGAUCCCUGCCUGUCACAAGGAAGCAUCAAUGACAUUGGUUUUCUCUAAUUGGAAUGAUGGGAAAAUCCAUGCCUUGAAGGCAGAGACUGGGCAGUCAAUGUAUGUGAUUGACAGUGCCUGUAGCUGAAUUGCUGCUACAAGUGACUGUAAAUGAAUCAUUAGUGGAGGAGGUGAAGGGGCAGGCAGUUCUGCAGGAGCCUUUGCUGUGUCCUGCGUGAAGACGAAGAAGGACAACCAAGAGUGUGUCAUAACCAGCCUUGAUGGAAUGUGCAGCAUGUGGGAUCUUGUGAAGGAGACAGAUGAUUGUUUUUUGAGAAAACAAAUCAUUUGACCCCACUCCUCUUUCAGAUGUGUGUGUUGCCAUCCUGAAAGGUACCAGAUAGUCCAUGAUGAGCUCCUGGGAAGUGCCAGAGAAGUGGAAGGGUCUGUGCCAGGUGCCAUCAGUGGGUUGGACAUCACAUCAGAUGGGGCACACUUUGUCACAGGUUUGCACAAACAGCUGGAGCAGGAGCUGUCAGGCUGCUGCUUCCCCAGCCAGUCCAAGUGA